AAUCUAUUUUAUAUUAAAAAUUAUUUAAAUAUUAAAUGUCUUCUAUUUUUACAACAGGAAUUAUUGGAAAAGCAGCUUUAGCAACUAUUGUUGGAUUAGCAGCUUAUUACAAUGAUCGAGCAAUAUUUGAUGAAAAUCGUAAAGGAAUUGUAUAUCAACCUGGACAUCCAUUAGUGGGAAAUUUACCUUUAUUGAUUCAAUAUAAAGAUCAAAUUCAUGAUUUGUUUUUGGAAGCAUAUCAUCGAUAUAAUGCUUUGACAAUUACUUUUUCUGUGUUGGGUGUUCCACGACAGAUUCUUACUUUGGAUCCUCAAAAUGUUGAAUAUGUUUUGAAGAAUAACUUUGAAAAUUAUAUCAAAGGUCCUGAAUUUCAUGGAUCAAUGAACGACUUGUUUGGUAAUGGUAUCUUCAAUGCCAAUGGUGAAGAAUGGAAAUAUCAACGUAAAACUGCUUCUCAUAUAUUUAAUAUCAAGAAUUUCCGUGACCAAUUUACAGAUGUCUUUGUGGAAGAAAUUCAUUUCAUGAUGGAAAAUAUUUGGGACAAGGCUACUGAAACUAAUGAAUCUAUUGAUUUUCAUGAAAUCAUGUUCAAAUUUACUUUGGAUUCUUUUAUUCUUCUUGGUUUUGGUGUCCAUUUGAAUGCUCUUGGUACUAAAGGUCGUGUACCUUUUGCAGAAUCUUUUGAUGAAGCUCAACGAACUACAUUUGAAAGAUUCAUUAAUCCUCUCUGGCCUAUUACUGAAAAAUUGACACGUGUGACACAACCCUGGAAGACAAGUAUGAAUGGUCAUUUACGCGUAGUAGACGGAUUUGCUCGCAAGGUAACGGAACAACGUCGUGAACAACUCAAGAAAGGUGAAAUACAUAAGGAUUUACUAUCUCGAUUUAUGGAAGCAAGUAAUGCUCAAGGGGAUCCUCUUACUAAUGAUGAACUUCGUGAUAUCGUCCUCAACUUUGUCAUCGCUGGUCGUGACACUACUGCUCAAGCUUUAUCCUGGACUUUUUAUAUGCUCAUGUCUCAUCCUCGUGUCGAAGCCAAACUAUUGGAUGAAAUCAAUACUUUUAUCACUGAUGAAUCUUUAGCUGAUUCUGCCUUGCUUUUUGAAACUAUCAAGAAUAUGAAAUAUGCCCAUGCUGUGUUUUAUGAAGUUUUACGCCACUAUCCCUCUGUACCCCUUAAUCAAAAAUAUGCUCUCAAGGAUGAUGUAUUACCUGACGGUACACCUAUUCGAAAAGGUGAUUAUGUUCUCUGGUGUCCUUAUGCUCAAGGUCGUGUGGAACAUAUCUGGGGUCCUGACGCAAAAGAAUUUAAACCAGAAAGAUGGAUAAAUGAAGAUGGUGAUUUACGACGAGAAACUCAAGGCAAAUGGCCUGCUUUCCAUGCUGGUCCCCGUGUGUGUUUAGGACAAAAUCUUGCUACAUUGGAAGCUUUGGUAGCCAUCACGUUUUUAGUUCGCAAGUAUAAAUUCUCUUUAGUCCCUGGUCAAGAUAUCACUUAUCAAAUUUCCUUGACUCUACCUAUGAAGAAUGGAAUGAAGGUCACUGUAGAAAAAAGAUAAAUAGGA